UUAAUUCAAUCUUCAAGAAAUUGUUAAAAUAUCAAUCAAAUUCUUUUGAAAGAAAUUUACUUUAACAAAUAUCACAAGAGUAAGUUGAAAAAAAACAAAUAUAAUUAAUAAUAAGUAUCAAAACACAAGCAAACUGCUAUAUAUCUAUCUAUAUAUUUAUCAAUAAUCUAAAUUCACCUAACCAAUAUGUCAAGUAAGGUUCUAAUAGACUCUCAAAGUCCUUUUAGAAAAAAUCAUACUGCUUCUCGUUCUUCUGGCAGUAAAACAUAAAGGGAUACAUCUUCAUCAAAUUUGGCUAACUCAGUUAACUUUUUUGGUAAUAACAUGCAUCAAUAAUCAUCUAUUAGUAGUAGCAACUACAACGAAGGAGCUGGAAACUUAGCUCAGCUUUCAAUGAAUCAGCAAAAUUCUCAAUCUUCAACUAUCUACUAACAGUAGCUACGUGCUGUAAGGAAUAGCUCAGAAAAUAGAAAUACAUCAUCAUCAAUAAGCACAAGCAUUUUAAACAACGCAAAUCCUUAAAACUCUUCUGCAUGUAAUAACUCAUCAUCUAGCAAUAUUAAAGCCAGUUAGAUUUUGCGUAGUAAUUCUAACUUUAGUGCAACUCCAUAAAAAAAGAAGGAAAAUAUCUCAAUGUAUAUCAUGGAGAGUGGAGGAACAAAGACAAGCCAUACCACUUCUUUAAAUUAGAACUUUACUUAAAAUCUAAACUCUAAUUCAAAGUUAAGUGGUGUCCAAUAGAAUAAUAACAGCAACACAAGCAACUCCUCUGGGAUAAAACAAUAGCCAAUCUAAUCAGCUUCAAAUUCUUCAUAAAAAUAUUUGAACUAAAAUUCAAUUCUCAGUAAUACUAAAGAAAAUAUUGGCAUAUCUAUGCAUAAGCAUAGUGGUUCUUCAUCAGCUAUAAAUCAAUACAAAAUCCCAUCUGGUAGCAGCAACAAUAAUAACUCUAUUUUAGCUGGGACAAACUCACAAAUUUCCAAUAAUUAAAUAAACAAUAACAGCAAUAUUAAUGUAAAUUUAACGAAUAGUUUGAAUAGUUAAAAUGUAUUUUAUCAGAUUUAGCAUUAAUAAAAUAACAAUAAUAACACUUCUAUUUCUUAAUCUCCUAAUCAAAAAACCCUUUAUCAAAAUAUACUUAAUUCUUCAUGGAAAGUCAAUAUGAUACCAAAUCAAACACCAAGGAAAGGGUAAGAUACGAUCAAUUGCAAUAAUAUUAAUAACAGCAGCAGCUUAGUGCAAGGCAGCACAAAUUAAAAUAAUUAAAACUCAUCUUGUAAUAGCUCAAGUAAAUUUUUAAAUACUUCAUGUCGUAGCCACUCAAAGACUUCAGCUCGUUAACAACCUUAUAUAUAAGAAAAUAGCUAUCAGUUUGCAUUAAAUACAAGUGGAAAAAUAAAUGGCCUUUCACCCUUGAACUAAUCUUCCAGCUAGGCUAACCCUUCUGCUACCAGAUUAAAUACAUCAACAUCAUCCUCUUCUAAAGCACAGCAAAGCGAAGAAAUCAAGCGCUUAAAAAUGGAAAUUGAAUAGUUCAAAAACAGAGAAAUAAAAUAUUUAGUGCGCAUAGCUACUUUAGAAAAAGAAACUAAGAAGCUUUCAGAAAAUUUAGAAAAAUAAGAAAAUAUUAAUAGAGAUAUCUCACUAGAGAACUCUAAAAUUCGCAGAAUAAAUAGUUUUAAUAACACUUCUAUAAAUAUGAGCUAUUGUGGUAACUCUGCUGAUAAAAAUUUACUCCUUAACAAUUUAGGUAAUAGUUCCAACUUAACUUCCAGCGUAGAUGAGUUUUAACGCAGUGUGCGUUAAUAAAAGUCUGAAUAACAAGACUCUUCACCAUUCAAUUGCAGUAAUAACUAAUCUAACCCAACAAACUGCUCAUCUUGUUCUAUGUGUGGUCAAAGUAUUGCUUUAAACUCACAGUCUACAAAUAAGCAAUAAUAAAAUCCCUCUUCAUAAGGUUCUUCCUCAUCUUCGGCAUACAAUAAGUAUAAAAUAAAAUAUACUCAAUUGCGUAACUAACACAAAGAAAUACUUAAAAACUACAUAGAACUUGAGAAAGAAAAUAGAGAAAUCAAAAGCGAAACUUAAUUAAUGAAAUAGCUUUAUGCAGACAAAGUAUCUUCAAAAAGCACUAACUAAUAAGAUUCUAAUUCUUAGAACAAAUACUAAGUUGGAUUGGUUUAAACAAAUUACUCACAUUUAUCAAAUAACUCUACUAACGAAAAUAAUGAUAACCCCUAAAACGAAAAUAUCCCAAGCUUUUUCAAAUUACUGACUCUUGGAUAAGCUUUAAGCAAUUGA